GCCCAGGUAAGAAACAUGGGAGAAACACGGGAAUGGUGGUAAAUGUAAAUUAAUUUCGUGAUUUUUAUUGGCAUUACAGCACAUAUUCUGUCAACUGGCCCUUCGGUCACAACUUUCAAUCUUUCGUGCUUCCUUGGAGUCGGACAGUGACCAAUAUUUAGGAAUGGAUGUGCACAGAGAUUAGCACAAAGGAAGAUGACAAAACCUCAGCUGCACCAAGAUGGCAUAUUACAUCAAGCCACCGGAUGGAUUUGGAACCCUUGAGAAGUUGCGAGUUUAUGCCCUGAGGCGGGUGAACUUUCUGGUUGAAGUCGUGAAUUGUGCCGAAGCAACGGAUUUCCAGGAACUCUUGGAGAAGGGCGCGACUGCUGUGGACUCUGAUUGCCUCAUAGAGGGUUCUAAGAAAGACAGAAUUUCACACUUUUUAUUACGACUCAUAUGCAGUUCUGAUGCAGAGCUGUCCACUUUCUUGUUGAAGGCUGAGACAGAACUCUUCUGCCACAGGUUCUCCUGUAUGAUCUCGGACGAACUUGUGAAAUUCUUGAAAGCCACCCAUCGCUUCCUCUGCAGACUCCAAAGACAUCAUGAACUAAGCUCUGCCAUACCCGCCCAAUCGGCUUUCCCGCAACGGACCCUUACAUCCAUAUCAAGAUCCCAUGAGGCGUUCUCAAUCGCUGUCAGUAAUCUCCUGCAUGUCUUGGACGCGAUUCUUGAGGCUGCCGGAUCCUGGAAACAGGCAGUGAAGCUUUACAUGGACUAUUCAUCCAGUGUCUUUGCUGUUCCUUUUCAACAUGCCCUGUGUUUGGUGGCCUCUCGUCAGGUGAUCGUACACAGGGGUGUUGCCUUUGUGCCAUUCUGGAGUCUCCAUGUUGUAAUGGCAGCCAUGUUUGAGGAUAUUCUGCGUGAGGGAAUCAGGGUUGCACGUCAUGUUCCCAGUCGUUUCCUGGAUGAUUAUAGGAUGAGGAAGAUCUCAACAGAGGUCCAUGCAUCUUAUCUUAGAUCUCAGUCAGGACUCAGAAGCAAUAACAUCUCUGCUCCAGGAGAUAGCAAUACUAUCCAUGAGUGUGAUAUAGACCACCUUCAUCAACUUUUCCCUCCGUGUAUGAGCCAUCUUCAUCGGUCGCUGAGGAGGAAGCACCGUCUACGCCAUUUUUCAAGAAUCCAAUAUACACUCUUCUUGAAGAGUAUUGGUCUCCCUGUUGAUGAUGCCAUCCAUUUCUGGAAGAGGGAAUACUGUAAGCCACCUUCUUGCCACGAGAACCAAGGUGGAGGAUGCCAGCACUCGUGGGUCAAGGAUGAAAGACGAUACACCUACGGCAUCAGACACCUGUAUGGGUUGAAAGGCUCAAAGACUAACUACAGAGCUCACAGCUGCAAGGCAAUUCAGAUGAUGCAGCUUGGGUAUGGUGAGGAAGGGGGAUGCCCUUUCAAGCACUUUGAUGAUCCGAGUCUCCAGGGACUGAUGGACAUUGAGGAGAUAGUGGGACCACGGAGAGAAGACAUCGCCUUGGAGAGACAGAAGGAGAGAUACAACACAGCUUGCGGGAAGUGGCUGCUUGCCAAGCAGUCAUUGAUAAGGGAGCGAUGUGACAGGAAGUCAUUGUGUCAAUCAGAAAGCGUCUCAAGCUCUCAUCCAAGGGAUUGUGGGAUACGAAGUACAGAGGCCAAAAUAGCAAGAGGCAUCUCCGGAGAUGGACUAGUCAAGCACAGAAGGCCGGGCUUUGUGAGUUCAAAGCAGGUGUUCUUUAAAAACACUCCAGCUAUGUUGAUUCAGUCAGAUGAUUCUUUGGUAAAGGAGAGUGAUCAAGGCAGUUCCGAGAUGAUGGCUUUUGAUGAACAACUCAUGCAACGUGGAAGUCAUUGCAUGAAAGAGUCAUCUCCUGAUUUGUAUAGCCACCAGGCAUCUUUAAAUACGAACCCUAGAUCAGCUUGCAAUAGCCCAAAUAAUGCUUGCCAAAUGAUGAAUGAAGAUGUAGCUAUGAAAGAUGAUAAGAUGCAUAUUCCUUGUAAGGACAGCUCUGAAGCAACUACUCCAUUGCAGUGCAAAUCAUCAACUGUCAAAGGCAGAGCAUCCAGUUGUCAUCCUUGUACAUCAAACAGUCAGAUAAAGAUCAAUGCUUCGAAUCCGGGAAGUGAAAUGACACCUGAGUAUCCCCUCAAAUCACCCCAAAUGACAUUGUCUGUGAGUGUGACAGAAUCUAAUGUGAUCAUGGACAGAACUUGCACCACCAAUCAAGUUGAUAGGAAAAGGAAAUAUGGAUGCUUGCAUGAAACUGAUUUAGUUCCAGCACCCUCAUUUGAGAGAAAUGUUUUAAAUAGUCAUUUGAAUGUCCAAUCAAGAGAAGAGAAAGUCUUGCCGAGUAAGGUUAAUCUUGAAAACAAUUUAAAUAAUUUCGAUGUAAAAUUGGAAGAAAUCAAAAUUCACAGACCUUCUGAUUUUUACUAUGGUAUUAGAAGAAUGGCUGGUCAUUUUAAUCAGACAAGCUAGUUGAGUAGAUAGCUAGAAUAUAUUUAUACGUCUGCAACUUUGCAAAGGAAUUUGAUCAUGGGAAUUUACAAAGUACUAAAGUUAAUACUUUCUUACAAUAUUACUACGUGAAAUUACAUAGAAUAUCAAUAUUUGUUGGCAGUCCUUCCAGUGCAUCGGUUGGCGGCCAGGGAAGAGGAUAGCAAACUUAAUCACUGUAAUCUAAUGGUUCCUCCACCCAACCAACUGAUGCACUUGGUAGAAAUAUAGCGUGAAGACAAAUAAAAUGACAGUCAUGAAUAAGAAUAACGAUAAAGAUAUGGUAAUGGAAAAAAUAACAAAUGUAAUGCCUUAAAAGAUGUAUUACCAAAAGUUACAAUCAAUAAAGAAAAUAUCAAGCAUAUCUGUAUAUUUUACCCCCUGGCCUUCUCUGUUUCACCUGGCUUCAUCUGAGGACCUACCCUGAGGCUAAGGCUGAGGACAAGGUGGAGGCUGUUACGGUUAGGCUAGCUUUUUUGCUAAGGCAAGCCUCAAGGAAUAAAAAUACUGGUUGAUUUUUCUUAAAAACAUCCAACAAACUAAUCACUCAUUUUAAGAAAAAAACUUAAUCAUUGUUUGUAUGACAGGUAAUGACCUUGUUGUCAUGUACUUGUUUGGACUGGUUUCCCUUAAAUCAGUUUAGGAAACCAGUUUAGAGGGUCUUUUUGCAUGCAUUCUCAUCACCGGCUCCUGAACUGGUUUCCAGAAUCACUUCACGUAAAGUAAUCUUGUUGCUAUGGGAACACCCUCAGUGGGGCCACAUGUUUUGGGUAAAACUUGAAAUUGCUGCAUAAACACAGUCAUUAGUAUUCUUCACACUGUGGAUACUGAGUAGGGCACCCAAAGACUGGUUGUUUGUGUCCUUAUCCAAACUUAAACCAGUUUGAAGACUACUUAAGAUUGCUUCCAAGACUGCUUCGAGCAUCCCAAUUACAUGUUAAACUGGCUUCCAUUAAACUGGUUUCCAUUAAACUGGUUUAAGAAAGUAGAUGAGAAUGGAGUAUUAGUUAGAUACAUCAUGAAGUAUAUUUUAUAUUGAGUGCACAGUUAGUACACUUAUGAAAGCUUUUGGUAUUCAAAAUGCUAUUUGAUAGAGUGCAAUUCGAAUCUGCCAUAAAGAUUAACUUUGUUUUAGAUCAUAACUAUUACCAUUAUUGUCUUACUCCAAUGACAUUGGCCACAUCUAUGAGCAUAAUGUGAGAUAUAUAUAUAAAGAUGUUCAUUGUCUUUUACUACUCCUUAUAUUAUUGUUUGUUGCAUAAUGAUUCAGAUAAAUUAUACCAUUCUACCUCAAA